CAAAGGACACAGCGAUGGACGCGUCUGAAAUGUAAACAGUCGUGUGUGUUGGAGGGCAGAUAUGAGUCUGUUAUCGAGGGCAGUGCAGUGUGCUGUGGGUCAGAGGGAGUGGAGCCGCAGACACUUCUGGGGCUGGCUCAAUGCAGUCUUCAACAAGGUGGACUAUGAGAGGAUAAAAGCCGUUGGUCCAGACAGAGCUGCAGCAGAGUGGCUGCUGAGAUGCGGUGCCAAAGUGAGGUUUGAAGGUUUCGAUCGCUGGCAACACGACUACAACGCGCUGCCAACUGGGGCUCUGGGCAGAUACAAGAUCCAGGCGAUAGACGCUACUGAAUCCUGCAUCAUGCACAGAGGGUUUGACCACCUGGAUGGUUUGAAACAUGUGGAGGAAAUCAAGUUCAACAAGUGUAUGUACAUUGAGGACAGCUGCCUGGAGAGGCUGAGCUCUAUAGAGAAUCUGCAGCAGAGUUUGUACAUGAUGGAGGUGGUGUCGUGUGGAAAUGUAACCGAUAAGGGCAUCAUCGCUCUGCACAAACUAAAGAACCUGGAGUAUCUUUUUCUCAGUGAUCUUCCCGGGAUCAAAGACAAAGAAACAACAGUUAACAGACUACAGACAGCGCUCCCACAUCUGGACCUAGCACUGGACCUGGAAUGAUAUCAGAAAAAACGUCCUGUUUAGAAGAGACUGUUAUCAUUUAAAAAUAAGGGCACUAUUUUUAAGGUUUCCAAAGUAAAAGAGCCAGUCUUGACAUAGGACAGACUGAGGGGCUUAUAGUGUGCAGCACGGAGAUCCUUCAGCUAAAAUGUUAAGUGUAUUUUCAUGUGAAUCAUUAAGUCGUGCAGAGAAAAUAUUCAGGUUGAUGUGUCACCUUUCAGCUUGAAGUAUAAUCAAGCUUUAAAGGGACAGCUCAUCCUAAAAUCAAAAAUACAUAUUUAGUCUUACAUGUAGUGCUAUUUAUCAGUCUCGAUUGUUCUGGUGUGAGUUGCCGAGUGUUGGAGAUAUCGGCCGUAGAGAUGUCUGCCUUCUCUCCAAUAUAAUGGAGCUAGAUGGCACUCGGCUUGUGGUGCUCAAAGCGCCAUGAAAAAAUACACAGUUAAAAAAACUCAACAUCAAUGUCUCUUUCCAGAAAUCACGACCCGGUUAAUCAAGAUAAUCCACAGACCUUGUUGUGAGCAGUUUCAUGUAGGAAGUAUUUUCUUCCUACAAGACUACACCCAACAACUACUCAUGGAUGAGAGACUCGAGCUCCUGACAGCACGAGGUGUAAACAUCACAGGCGUCUUCUUCAACAGAGCUGUAAGGACCCUGACACACGAAGCUGACGGUCUGCUGUUGGUCAGUGCACCACACUGUUGGCACUUCUCAGCCUUUUUCAGCUCAUUCAGAAUGUUGAAUCGGCGUCAAAGCUGGCAGAGCCCAUCGAUGAGGGAAAUCACUCUGAUUGGUAGCUCAGCUCAGUGCACAUGAAGAGGAAUGGAAGUGAGGAAAGUAAACAACAGACUACAGUAAAGAGGGCAUGAGACUCAAACAAACUUGUUAUAUUAGGUAGGGGCUAUUUUUUAGUCUUUGAGCUCUUCAGCAGAUAUGGUUCAUAAUGGUUUGUGGUUUUUUUGCUGGCACACAGUAUAUAUAUCUUUCAUUCUUUCAAUAUCAGGGUGUGUUGUUAAUGUGCUAACUGGCUAACUAGCAUCUUGAAUCAGUCCUAUUGGUCUUCCGAUUCCAUUUUUGAAUGACGAAUACAGACUACACGCAGAUGCAGAACAUAUGUGCUAGUUGGUCAUUGGCCGUAGUCUUUACGAUGUGUUCAAGUGGAGCUUUUUGGUCGAGGCACAGACAACGUAAGGAGACACAACAGUUCGCCACCACUAGCUCUGUGUUUGCUUGGCAUGUCUGGGUAUUAACGUUAGCUAGCCCAGGGGUGCUAGGUGAGCUAACAGUAGAUGCACGCUUCCUUCUGCACAGUAAUACAGUUUACGGGAUUAUCUUGAGUAACCAGGUCAUGAUUUCUGGAAAGAGACAUUGCUGUUGAGUUUUUUGAAUGUAUUUUUUGGCGCUUUGAGCACCACAAGCUGAGUGCCAUCUAGCUCCAUUAUAUUGGAGAGAAGGCAGACAUCUCUACGGCUGAUAUCUCCAACACUCUUCAACUCACACCAAAACUAUCUAGACUGAUAAAUAACAGUACAGGUAAGAGGAAAAAUACGUAUUUUUGAUUUUGCGGUGAACUGUCCAUUUAAAGAAAACAGCAAUGAACAAAGUUAAAGCACUUUAUAUUGUUGACACUUUUUUGAUAGAUGGAACUAUUCUGUAGUUUAUUAUAUUCUCAACAUUCAAAAUAUUACUCCAUAUGUGGGUACAAAGAGAAAAACCUUUUGAAUAAAUUCCCUUUAGAUUAAUUUGGCAUGUGUACAAUAUCUGAGGACAGACAGAUGGCUGUGAACAUCCUUAGCACCAAAGUUCCACAGAUAAUGAGUACGAUGUGUGUAUUGUUACUGCUACAUGCUACUAAAUGUUGGUUAAAGGAAUAUCCACUCCUGACGUCAAUAAAUAGUUUCAGAAAUGCUCA